AUGCUGGGGCUAGGAUCCUUACUGUCAUUCUUCUUUGUCUUCGCGACAUGUCUUGCCUACCCCGGUGGCCUGGCGAGUAGGGCCACAGUCACCCCUCCCAGUACAGACCCCUUCUACGAACCCCCGGCAGGAUACGAAAACGAAGACCCAGGUACUAUCCUGCGAUACAGAAACGUACCACACCCGAUCGCCCUAAUCGACCCCAUAAAGAUCAAACUGGAAGCGGCAUACCAAAUCUUGUACCGAUCCACGGACAACUGGGACAACGCCACGGCAACAGUCACCACAGUUCUCGUCCCAGAAAAUGCCAAUACCUCGAGACUGCUGUCCUACCAGAUUCCAGAGGACUCAUCUGCCGUUAACUGUGCACCAUCAUACGUCCUCCAAACCGGCAUAGAAGACAACGACCUCCUUUCCAAAGUAGGAAUCCAAAGUCACACAGUCCUAUUUCGAGCGGCGCUGGAAAAGGGCUGGAUUGUGAGUAUACCGGAUCACGAGGGUCCCAAGGCCGCCUUUUUGGCAAAUCGUCGCGCCGGCCAUGCUGUUCUGGAUGGGAUUAGAGCCGUCCUUCGCUCUUCGGACUUUACUACUGUCUCCCCAAAUGCAUCCGUCGCGAUGUGGGGUUAUUCGGGAGGAAGUCUAGCAAGCGGAUUCGCCGCUGAACUCCAGCCAACCUACGCCCCCGAUCUGGAUAUGAUCGUUGGCGCCGCGCUGGGAGGGCUUAUCGGCGAUAUCGAGGUCGUCACAUAUACCGUUAACAAGGGCCCGUUUGUGGGGCUUGACUUUGGGGGCUUCAACGGCAUAGCGCAUGAAUAUCCCGACAUCGCGGCGUUAUACAAGGAGCAGCUUAUCGAGAGCAAAAAGGCGAAGUUCUACGAUGCGAACCAUAACUGUUUCGUGGCAAAUGUCAUCGAAUACCCCUUCCAGGAUAUCUUCUCCUAUUUCAAGGAUCCUAGCAUCCUAAGUUAUCCUCAGAUGCAGCAGGCCUUGAAGGAUAACAACCUCGGACAGAAUCCGCCUAAGAUACCGAUCUUCGUGUACAAGGGGGCUCUCGAUGAGAUCAGUCCCGCCAGCACGGCAGAGAUCGUUGCGUCGCGGUAUUGUGCGGGAGGCACAGCGGUCAAAUAUAAGAAUGUUUUGACGCACGAGCAUAUACUUCUGCAAGUCGAUGGAUUUCUGGAAGCCUUUGCUUGGCUAGAGGAGAGGAUGAAUGGCGAGGCUAUACAGUCAGAUUGUUCGCAUACUGAUGAGCUGUUGCCGCUCUCCGAGCCAGGCAGCCUGGGUGUAAUAGUGCCCACCGUUGAGGGUGUAGGCAAAGAUGUGGUCGGUACAAUUCUUGGUUGA